AUGUCAAUCGAAGAUCCAUUUGACCAAGUCUUAGAAGACACAAAGGAGCAAUUAACUAGGUUAAUUAACUAUCUACCAUCACAUAAUAUAGAUAGUGAAGUUAUUGAUAUUGUUAAAGAUGUAACUGAUACAAUAAACGAUUUGGAUAGAUCUCUUGUUGUUAUGAAAAGGAAUCAAUUGGACACAAGUGAAAGAGAAACCAGCUUAAAUGAAAUUAAACAACAAUUGAACGAUUUCAGACAACAAUACAAUAUUAAUGGACAUUUUCAAGCACAUUCAGAGUCAAAUAAUGCUGCGGCAAUAGACCAUAAUCUGGAAAAUAAUAAUGAUCAAGGUCCACCAAUAAAUAAAAUAAAUGGUUUACAAGACCAAAUUUUACAAGAACAAGAUAUUCAUUUGGAUAAUAUCCAUCAGACCAUGAAAAAUUUACAUCUUCAAGCGCAGACUAUGGGCGAAGAAUUGGAGGAUCAAGGCAGAAUAUUGGACGAUCUGGAUAAUAAUUUUGAUUCUGUAACAAAUAAACUAAGUAGAUCAAGAAGACAAUUAGAAUGGGUUUAUGAAAAGAAUAAAGAAAAAUUUAAUGAUUGUUGUAUUCUGUUACUUAUUAUUGCAUUAAUUAUUUUAUUAGUCCUAGCAUUUAUAGCAUGA